CCAGCCGACCAAUCACAGGCGAGGUAAAGCUGUGCCCGGAACUUCGCGAAUUUCCUGGCCUGACAAUCUCUAGAACCUCUCCAUCCUUCAACCGAAGCCUCACAAUCGACUGUCGCAGACGUCCAUCACCGACUCUUAGCCGUGUUACAGACGCUCAAUCGCGCUCAUCUAUCAAAAUGGCCCUCGCCAACACCCUCUACAGGAGCCUCUUCUCCACCAACUACCUGAUGCUCGCUACCGUUUUCACUGCUGGUUUCGCUUGGGAGAUUGGCUUCAACAACGUCAUGGACAAGGUCUGGGACAACAACAACCGAGGCCGACAAUGGAAGGAUAUCCGACAUAAGUUCCUCGAGGGCGGCGAUGAGGAUGAGGAAUAAAGAGGCCGACAAGGACAUGAAACCUGAUCAUCAAUCAACGGGCCGAGCGAAGCGAGGAAUCGAUUCUGUGCCACUAGCCGUGUACAAAUUAGAAGAGAAUUAGAGGCUUGAUCACACACACGACGUCUCCUUAUGUUCAUGCAUUAUUUCCAGUUGUCGAUUGCUUGAACCGGCAACAGCCAUCAUCACUGCUAGCUAUUCGUAUGUGCAUAUAGCAUUUAUGAACAUGAGGUGAAGAUACCUAAAUACCAUGUACAUGCAUGCUCAGACUUUUGCUGUUAAGAGUGGUAACAGCAAUUCGUUUUUGCUUGUGAAUGUGACUGUACCUAAUAAUAAAGAGCUG